AUGGCUCGUGUAGUGGAGGAUCAAGUGGUUGAAUUUUCACUCGACGAAGUUCAAUCGAUGAAAUUUCGUACUUCGAGGACUCUCUUGGGGAGACUAUUUUCGGAGACCACUUUCACUGCUAGUGAAUUGAGGGAGGGGUUGCUUGAGACAUGGAGGGUGCAAGGAAACCUUCGGGUUUUGGCUACUAAGUUUGGCCUAUUUGAAAUUAUUCUUCCCAGUGAUGAGAUGAGGGUUUGGCUGCUAAAAAGAUCUCCAUGGAUUGUUAAGGAUAGGAUUCUCCAUCUUCGGUCCUGGACGCCCUCUAUCACAAGGCCUAUUUUUGAUGAUUUGGCCUUUGCUCCUUUUCGUGUUCAGCUAUGGAAUGUAAAAGAAGAUUGUUGCACGAAGCAGUAUGGCCGGAAAGUGGCAGCUGGAAUUAUUGGUCAAGUCUUGGAGGCUGAUGUCUUUUCGGCCAAAGACACUGAUGAACACUUUGUGAAAGUACUUGCCCUAAUUGAUUUAACCAAGCCUUUGCGGUCUCAAUUCAUGGCGAUUAGUGAAGAAAUUGGUAGCUUCUGGGUAAAUCUCAAAUAUGAGUUUUUGCCAACCUUCUGCUACCACUGUGGUCGAGUAGGGCACUCGAAACCGGAAUGUGUUUUUGGCCCUCCUACUAGCAAGGAACACUUUGGACCUCACAUGUCUACUCGAAAGACAGGAAUGAAGAUUUAUCGGGAGGAUGAAGAUUACCCACAAUUCCGCAAUGCCAGCAAAACAGUGUGGGUUAAUAGAAAUACUCAAUUGCUCAAUGAUGGGGCAGAGAAGGUUGCUAGCAGAUUCCUGGGUACUAAGACCCGCCCGAUAGCACAAGUGGCGUCUUUGCCUAUCUCAAGAGAGUCGGAAGCUCAGAAGAAGAGAGAGACACAGACUAGGCAUCAGGCCCCUUCUACUAACUCCCUUGGGGGUCGGGCUAUUCCUAAACGUUUUGUCUUCAAAACGUCUCCUCAGGUUAAGAUUGGUGGAAGUGUGAGACAACAGCAGAAGAAGGCAUCACCCAGAAAGGUUGUACCUCCUCCUCGGCAGGGCACUAAGGGGCGCCAGCAGCCUAGCCGCAGUGCCAAGCAGGCUUCACACUGCCAGCAGGUUGUGGGUCAGAUGGAGGAAGUUUUCGAACACUCAAGGAGGCACAGGCUGAUUUUACAAGAGGAAUUUGAGGAGGAGGAGGAGAUCAUUGGCGGUGGAUUUAACCCCCCUAUGAAGCUGCGUACCUCUAUUGGUCUGGCGGAGAAACCUGACACAAAACCCAAGGCUCGCCCACGUCUUCGAAAAGGAGGAGCGGACUGUUCUCUUAACUCGGCCCACAAGGAUGGGGGCUCCACUCCUUCUGGUGAUCUGCUGGAUGUAGAGGAGAAGGAAUUUGUUGCUACAUUGGAAAAGCCUGCUGAUGUGGAUCAACAACAUGACUUUGACUCUGAUGAUGAUCAGGCAGUUGAGGAGCAUCACUCCUUUGAGAUCAAGCGACGGUCGCCAGCCGAGGAUGCCAGGAAAACUCGCCAUAUCAGGAAAGGGCGUGUUCACCAAGUGGUAGAGGCAUUUGAAUCUGGGUUAGUUAUUGCAAUGGAGGAGAAUGAUGUGUUCAAGGGAGUGAGUUCAAGACUGAAUGAAUACGGGUCUAGUAUGAUGGACCCUAUCAUGGAGAAUCGGAAACGUGUGCUUGAUGAGUUGGAGGGGGAUGUGGGUAACCCUCCUACCCCAAAGAAACAGUUUGUGGAAUCGCUUGAUGUUCUGGAUAAGGUGGAUGAAGCCAGCCUUGAGUGGCCCCAGGAGGAUAAAUGA